AUGAACUCCUUGGCCCCAGAGCCACCAAACCCCGACCACCGUGGCCCUAUAUCAAUAGUCUUGGGCACUUUCAACAAUAUGUCAGAUAGAGAGGUUCGAAAGCAAAAGAGACUGGAUGCACGGACUAAAGGACUUCUCGAGGUUUCUGGGGAAGAAGCUGGGGAAGUACAGCUUCGAUGCCGAGUAGGCUUUCUGCAUCGGACUGUUGGCGAGUUCUUGAACAAGAGGGAUAUCAAAGCGAGAUUCAUUGAAUCCGCUGGGCCUAACUUUAGCCCCAAGAUCUCCCUGUGUCACGGGUUUCUUACUGUCACCAAGUUCAUCCCUCCUCCUCUUGACCGCAGUAGUGGUACGGCUCUCGAGGCUGAACCACGCUUAUAUGUCCGAAACAGGCACCGGCUUAGCACAGACGGCGGUGAUUGA